AUGUAUUCCCAAAUAUUCAAAGAAAUUCUCCUUGAUAUGACAUAUGGUCAACAAGCUAUCAAAGAUUUGGUCACGUUUUGUCAACAACAAUACUUGGGCAAUACAAAAGAAUUAAAUAUUAUUGACGAAUUCGAACGUACUUAUCGACCAUCAAAGGCUAUAUGGUGGUAUACACGCGAAUGCUUCACUCGAGAUGUAUCCCUCGAGUUCGCCAAAGAUGCAUUAGGAACAAACGGUAUGGUUGGUAUUCUUUUUCAAAUGACCAUAGAUCCUACUGUCUCAUCGAUUCCCUUUGCCUCGAUUCGAGAGGUGAGCUAUUUCCCGAAAGAUGAUGAAAUCCUCUUCUCCAUGCACGCCGUUUUUCGAAUUGGUGACAUUCAAAAACUUGACAACAAUCGUCCACUUUAUCAAGUAAAUCUUAAGCUUACGUCAGAUGACGAUCCCCAACUUCGUCAAUUAACUAAUCGUUUACGAGAAGAAAUUGCAGAUUCGACAGGAUGGACACGAUUGGGUAAAAUGUUGCUCAAAUUGGAUCAGCUCGACAAAGCUGAAGAAUUAUUUACUGCACAACUAGAACAGACAUCUGACGAAAGUGAUAAAGCAUUUAUCUACAAUGAGCUUGGACGGUUAAAGAGUGAUCAAGGGUAG